GGCAGCAUCCCAGCCCCACUGCUGGCAACACCCUGGCCUGUUGCUACGGUUACCAGCUUUGGCGGGUGUCUUCCUGGAGCGUGACCGAAUCCCGCCUUCCCACUGAAAUUUUCCUCUCUCGUUCCCGGAGUCGGGCGGCGACAAACGAAACGAUUUCGGUCCUGGGCUUUCGUCAGCUUCCUCAGAUGCGCUGGGGUGGGCAUGGAGAGCCCAGCGACUACGCCACAGCCAAAGCCACGUCCUGCCGAUUGUAGGACCGGCGCUGAGGAAACUCAUUCACUCAGACCUGACGUGUGUCCGUCAGUCGGCUGCACUGGGCAGCACAGUAUGGGGAGGAGGCGGGCAGCCCUCCGUGGAGAAAGAAAGGCAAAGAACUAUUUAGAAAAGCUGGACAUGCACAAAUCCAUGGGGCCGGAUCGAAUGCAUCUGGGGGUGCUGAGGGAGUUGGCUGAUGUGAUUGCAGCGCCAUUGGCCAUUAUCACUGAAAAAUCCUGGUGAUCGGAGGAGGUCCCAGAUGACCAAAAGACAAAUGUAAUGUUCAUAUUUUAAAAAUAAAAGAAGGAAAAUCCAGGGAACUACAGACUGGUCAGCCUCCCUUCCGUCCCUAGAAAAAUCAUGGAGGAGAUCCUCGAGAAAAGGGAUCGAGUCAACAUGGGUUCACCAAUGGCAAAUUAUGCCUAACCAACCUGACUCGGAUAACUGGCUCUGUUGAUAUGGGGAAGGCAGUGGACGUGAUAUACCUAUUUAGAAAAGCUGGACAUGCACAAAUCCGUGUGGCCGGACCCAUUGCAGAGCCGUUGGCUGUUCUCUUUGAAAACUCAUGGCAACUGAGGCAGGCCAGGAAUGACUGGAAAAAGGCAAAUGCCGUACCCAUCUUUUAAAAGGGAAGAAGGACAACCUGGGGAACUACAGACCCGUCAGCCUCACCUCUGUCCCGGGAAAAAUCAUGGAGGGGAUCCUCUAGGAAUCCAUUUGGAAACACUAGGAGGAGAAGAACACGAUCAGGAACAGUCAGCAUGAAUUCAAAACAAGAGCAAGUCAUGUCUGACCAACCUGAUUGCCUUCUAUGUAUCUGGACAGCCCCACCCCCCGGACAAGAGCCCAUGUCCAGGAGACUGCAGAGAAGAUGGAGCAAUUCCGCAACUGCUGAGAAGUUUCUCCCGGUUUCAUAAGUCCUGCCUGCCACAAAGUACAUUUCACCAUUGCUCACCCUGGGUUUGUGUGGUCAGGGCAGCGGGAAGAUGGAGGACUCCUCGUGGUCCCCUGGCGCCGCGAGGUCACGCCUGCUGCUCAGUCGCACCAUUUUCCUCAUUUCUCUCCACAUUCUCCAGCUGGGCUCAGAGAGUUUCAAAGUCAUUGGACCCGACCGCCCCAUUCGGGCCCUUGUGGGAGAGGAUGCCCUGCUGCCCUGCCACCUCUCCCCCCAGAUGAGCGCCGAGCGCAUGGAGGUGCGCUGGUUCCGAUCCAUGUUCUCUGCAGUGGUCCAUCUCUACCGGGACGGGAGAGAUCAGGCCGACCAGCAGAUCGCGCAGUAUAAGAACAGAACGAAGCUGCUGAAGGACGGUAUCGCCAACGGGAGCGUCUCCUUGAGGAUCUACAACAUCACCCCCUCUGACGAAGGGACGUACGGCUGCUUCUUCCAAUCACUGAGCUUCUACAAAGAAGCCAUCUUGGAGCUGCAGGUGACUGGUCUGGGCACCAGCCCUCACCUCUCUGUCGAUGGCUACCGGGACGGAGGGAUCCACGUGGUGUGCCAGUCGGCCGGGUGGUACCCAGAGCCCCAGGUGCUGUGGAGAGACGCCCGGGGGCAGCAGCUAGCACCAGCGAUGGAGGAAAUAUCCAGGCAGGCCGACGGGCUGUUCAAUGUGCACAGCGCUGCCGUGGUCACGGACGCUUCGACCCAGAACCUCUCCUGCUCCGUGUCCAACCCCCGCCUCGGCCAAGGGAGAACGGCGGCGCUGCACAUAGCAGACGUGUUCCUCCCGAGGAUCUCGCCCUCCCAGGUGGCUCUGGCGGUGGCCCUGGCUGGUGUGUCCUGCCUCCUCGCCUUGGCCGGUUACGCCUUCUGGAAGCAGCACAGAGAAAAAGGCCACCUGCAAGCUCAACUGGAGAGAGAGAGGGAGAGUCUGCGUGCUGAGCUGGAGAGGGACAGAGCCCACCUGCAAGCUGAACUGGAGAGAGAGAAAGAGAUUCUGCACGCCAAGCUGAACAACGAGAGAGAGAAAUCCCUGGCGGAGCUUGGCUGGAGCAAAGUCACCAAAUAUCCAGUGACAGUGAUUCUGGAUCCAGACACGGCUCAUCCCAGCCUCGGGAUUUCCGAGAGUCGUCGAUCCGUGAGAUGGGGCCUGCGGCAGGACGUGUCUGACAACCCCCAGAGAUUCGACUGUGAAACUUGCGUGCUAGGCUCGGGAGGGUUCACGUCGGGGAGACACUACUGGGAGGUGGAGGUCGGGGGCUUGCUUUCAGAUGCAGGUUUUGGAGGGAAACAGACUCGACAGCAUCCGCCCCUUUAG